CUGGAGAUUCGUUCUUGUCGGACGUAUUUUGUGUGUACGUGUGUUAAGCUCUUUGUAGGCCAGAAGGCAACCCAACAUGGACGCCCUCAUCGGCAGUGAAGAAUUUUCCAUGAUGAGAAGCCUCGCGGACGAAGCCAGGUUCUUCGUCUACGCUUACAACACCACGACCCUCGUCACCACGGCCGGCUUGGCGCUGGGCAUCUUCUUCAUCAUCACGGCAUUGGUUCUGUACUUCUACUACUACUCGACUACUACAACCGGAAGGGCGGGGGGAGAGUGGGAGUACUCAGGUAACGACUACAGCAGGUACGACUACGUAGCAGACAUCCUGGGUUACUUAGAGAAAGCUUUCAUCGACUACGGCGUGGAGCAGGAGGAGUGUCGCCGGCGCCUGGUGUGUGAGGCUCACCUGCCCAACGCUCACUUGGUCAACAAGCCCGUGGUGGACACGCUCACCCAUCUUGUGAGCCAAGUGACAGACGAGGACGUGGCAGCAGCACACGCCCAUGACGCCGCCGCCGCACAGAACAUACAGCUGGCAGCUCGACACGGCCUAGAUGAACACGAUUGCCAGACGUACGAGGAAACGUGUCCGCAUGUCGCGCUAUCAAGUGUAGUUCACAAUGUGCGCUAAAAGGAAAGAAAGAAAACAGAAAUUGUUGUAUCUUCCAACUAGGUCAUUAUCAUAGCUUAACGCCGUAGCAAGGAGAUUGUUCUGAAGUUGUUUUUCAAACUUCCUUUUCUUCGUUCUUUCAUCUCCCUUCCUAUCUUUACGGUGGAAGGAAAACUUACUGCUCAAAAUUUAGAAUUUUAAAUGAAUAUCCGGAAAUCUUGAUCAAACUCGUCAUCUUAAUCGCAGUGAAAACACACUGAAAAUUAUGCAGCGCCAAGAGGACUGAAAAUUCUUUUUUGUUAGUGUUAUGUUGCGCUGUAUGAGAUACAGUCCUUUUUUGACUUUCUAUCCACCUUCCCUAUCCUACUUCUCUACCCCUGGCUAACCUACCCAUCCCUCCCUCCCCUCCCCUCCCCUCCGCA